GGUGAAGUGCGGCUGCGCGACAAUCGCAUUUUCUUGAAUGAAGUGAGUAAUGGGACGUUGUUAACGUUCUUGUUUAUUUAUUUGAAUUAAACUUAUUUUAAAUGAUUUUCUUUUAAAUUUUGUGAUUUUCUAUGUUUAUAGGUAGUAUAGUGAAGUUUUAGUGCAAAUGUGUUUGUUUACUUUCUUCAAAAUAUAAAGUCGGAGAGUAUCCAUGGGCGUUAACUUCAGGCAAACAAAAUCAAAGACUGAAUUAUGAAUCUCUUAUUUUUAACAUACAUACUAUCUACAACAGUAUUAAAGCUAUGUUCAUCACAAGACUAUGCAUCUCCAACAUACAAUCCGGAUAUAAGUCAGACAAACCCUACAAAUGAUUACCUCAACCCAGACCCUAAGUAUGACAACCCGUAUGACCCCAAUAGGAGGUAUCAGAACCGUAAUCAGAAUGAUCCAACCCAACAAUAUGAUCCGAAUCGUCCGUAUGAUCCAAACCGGAGUCCAUAUGAUCCAAACCGGAGUCAGUAUGACCCAAACAGAAGUCAAUAUGACACAAACCGGAACCAAUAUGAGGCAGACAGGAGGUACAAUCAAGAUGUGAACUACAACUCUAACCAGUAUACUCCUGAUAAUACGCCGAGGCCCUGGGACUCAAGCAGGACAUACAGCACGUCCUUUAAAGGUGCUCCUUUGGAACAUGAAAGUGUCAUUAUCAAUGAAGCGACCUACUUCAUAGUGGCAUCUAGGAUGGUGAGGCCGGGUCAGAUCUACAAGAUAUCAGCGAACAUACUGCAAGCCCGCAUGCAGAUGACUAUCAGGGCCUCAAUCUCCUGCAAUGGGGUUGAAAUUACUGAUGUUAACCAGAGGGUGAAAGAGGGUGUUCCUGAAAUAUUGAAUAUGAGAGUACCGCCAACAACAGUACCAGGAGACUACAAGCUGCGAGUCGAAGGGUUAUACCUGGACACGCCGUUCGGAGGCCGCGCCUUCAUCAAUGAGUCGCAGCUCACCUUCUCCAGGCGAUUCAUGACCAUAUUCAUACAGAUGGACAAGCCUGUUUAUAUGCAGGGACAGACUGUUCGUUUCCGCGUGAUACCAAUCAACACGGAGCUGAAAGCCUUCGGUCGCGCUAUCGACGUAUUCAUCCUGGACCCCAACCGGCGUAUUAUGAAGAGGUGGCUCUCUAGACAGAGUAACUUCGGCACAGUAAGUCUGCAGUACCAGAUGUCAGACCAGCCGCUGUUCGGCGAGUGGUACAUCCGCGUCGAAGCUCUCGGACAGAUCGAGGAGACGCAGUUCUUGGUCGAGGAGUACUAUCAGACCAGAUAUGAGGUGAACGUAACAAUGCCAGCAUUCUUCUUCAACACGGAGCCGUUCAUCCACGGGCGUAUAAUGGCCAACUACACGUCCGGAGCCCCGGUCCGCGGCAACCUGACGCUCAAGGCGACCAUCCGCCCCAUCCCGCAGUACCGACCGCGGUACUAUACGCAGGGACAGUUCAACAAUAGAGGACAGUAUGGCGUAGCUAGUGGAUAUGGGACUAAUCAGUAUACUAGAGUACGUCAAAACCCAUACAACUACAACAACAACUACAACGACAGCUACCAACAGCAAUACGACAAGAACUACCAGCAGCAGCAGUACGACAACUACGGACAGACCAUGGUGGACGAGUUCGGUCGGCCGGUGAGCACGGAGACCAGGUAUCUGCCCGGACAGCCCAAUCAGUUGGAGCAGCCGGACUGGUGGUAUGAUCAGCAGAAGGUCGUUACUAGGAUGUUUAAUUUUGAUGAAAAAUACCCGUUCUGGAUGCCGAAGCCGGACGCGACGCAGUACGCGAUCGACCACAACUCGAACGUUAACAAUCCCAACUACAACACAUAUACUACUACUUCUUCAUACAACAACUAUUAUUCCAAUCCGUAUUAUGAUCAACUGCCGUAUCUCAGAUUUUUCAACGGCACCUACGACUUCAAGUACCCCAUGUCGGAACUAUCCCAGCUGGUACCGACCUUAGAUGGAGUAGAGGUCAUCAUCACGGCGUCAGUGGGUGACCCCUUCCUCGACGAGGUCAUCGAGGGCUACAGCAUCGCCAGGAUAUUUAAUUCGUCAUUGCAAGUCACCUUUUUGGGUGGAACCCCCCAAGUUUUCAAGCCGUCUAUGCCUUUUGAUGUUUAUAUGGUAGUAUCGUACCACGACGGGUCCCCGCUCCCCGCGUGGCAGGCGCGAGGCGUGUCUCUACAAGUACACGUACAAGUGGAAGGCCGAGGUGGGGCAGUAGACCCACAGCAACCUGCCCUUGUGCCUGGCAGUGAUGCUGUAUGGCAUCUCAAGCUGGAUCUUUAUAAGUUGCUCAGACUACAAAACGAUCCGAACUACCGUGAAGUUCUGAACAGUAUAACGGGCGUCCGCCUCAGCGCUCAGCUGGUGGACGCGGUGGGCUCGCACGCCACGGCAGACGUGCACUUCGUGGCGCACUACAGCGCCAACAACCAGCAUAUACGCAUCUCUACCAGCACCACUGAUGCUAGGGUGGGCGAGUACAUAAUCUUCCACGUGCAGAGCAACUUCUACAUGGAGUCGUUCAAUUACGUCGUCAUGUCCAAGGGCAUCAUCCUCACCAGCGGACUCGAGAUCAUGCAGGAGGGAGUGUGCACGUUCGCGGUGACGGUGUCGGCGGAGAUGGCGCCGGUGGCGACGGUGCUGGUGUGGGCGGCGCCGCGCCGCGCCACGGUGCUGGCCGACUCGCUCACCUUCCCCGUCAACGGCAUCUCCAGGAACAAUUUCACGGUAUUCAUAAACAACCGCAAGCACCGGACGGGCGAGCGGGUUGAAGUGGCCAUCUACGGCGAGCCCGGCGCAUACGUGGGGCUGUCGGGCAUCGACAACACCUUCUACACCAUGCAGGCCGGGAACGAGCUCACUUAUGCUAAGGUGAUAUCAAAGAUGUCUCAUUUCGGCGAGUCUACGAACGGCACGUUCGCGUACACGUGGCGCUCGCACUUCGGCGACGCGGACGAUCUCGUCUACUUCCCUUCGUCUACCUUCGGCAUUGAUGCUAACAGGACUUUUGAGUACGCAGGCUUGAUAGUGUUCAGCGACGUGCCGGUAACGCGUCGCUACACGACGUGCAACGUGUCGCAAGGCUUCGGCGAGUGCCUGGAGGGAGGCUGCUUCCCGCUCGCCAAGCAGUGUGACGGCGUGUACGACUGUCCUGAUCAUACUGAUGAAUCUAACUGUGAAACGGACAUAAACAAGUCGUUCGAGCUGACUCACUUCCGCAAGUUCCGGUUCAACCGCGUGCAGCGACAGUACGACAACGUGUGGCUGUGGCGGGACGUCAACAUCGGUCCACACGGCCGCUACGUCUUCACUGUCGAUGUACCGCAGAUACCUGCUCACUGGAUAGUGUCUGCAUUUAGUAUGUCUCCCAGUCUUGGUCUUGGCAUGCUGACGGAACCUAAAAGAUACAUAGGCGUUCUUCCAUUCUUCAUCAAAGUGGAAGGUCCCGAACAGUGCCGCCAAGGGGAACAGGUCGGGCUCCGCGUGGUGGUGUUCAACUACCAGCCUCAAGACAUCGAGGCGGUCGUCGUGUUGGCAGCUUCGCCGGAUUAUAAGUUCGUGCAUGUUGAGGAGAAUGGCAUUGUCCGCUCCUACAAUCCUCGCACAUCAUUCGGCGAGCACCAGUUCUUCGUGUACAUCACGUCGGGCGACGCCGCCACCGUCUACGUGCCCGUCGUGCCCACCCGCCUCGGAGACAUACACGUGCGGCUACAUGCGUCUACUCUCAUGGGACAGCAUCACUAUGUAAAGAAGAUUACUGUUGAGCCGGACGGCCUACCACAAUACCGUCACCAAUCAGUUCUCCUCGACCUUUCAAACCGAGCAUACGUCUUCCAAUACAUGCACGUCAACGUUACUGAAACGCCCAUCAUCCCUUACGAAGUGGACCGAUACUACGUGUUCGGCUCCAACCGGGCGAGGAUAUCCAUCGUCGGAGACGUUGUGGGACCACUGUUCCCGACCAUGCCGGUCAAUGCUACCAGUCUACUGCAUCUACCCAUGGACUCAGCAGAACAGAACAUGUUCAGUUUCGCAGCGAAUAUGUACUUAACACUGUACAUGCGGCUGAUCAACCAGCGCAACCGCACUCUGGAGAAGGAAGCGUUCUACCACAUGAACAUACUGUACCAGAGGCAGCUGUCCUUCAUGAAGCCCGAUGGCUCCUUCAGUUUGUUCCGUAGCGACUGGAACCAAUCAGCGUCUAGUGUGUGGCUGACAUCAUUCUGCGCUAAGAUAUUCCAAGAUGCGUCCUUCAACGAGUGGGAGAACUUCAUAUACAUUGAUCCUGAGGUGAUAUCCAUGGCAGUAUCGUGGGUGCUGGACCACCAGACGCCCGACGGUGCGUUCUACGAGGUGACGUGGAUGCCCAACAGGAAUGAUAACUCUACCAUAGUUGUGCCGAAGAACAGUACGUUGUAUAGAGAGGCGUUUGGACACGCGGGGUGGAGCGAUCCGAGUGCUGUUGAAGUAAAUAAUUCUAUAAUAAUGCAACGAAACAUCACAUUGACUGCACAAGUGGUCAUCACGCUGGAAACUGUUAAGAAUCUCAAGGAUAUUGGAGUGAGAGAGGGUCUAAGUGCUCGCGUGUCAUCAGCACAACAGCGCGGUAUCCGCUGGCUGGAGCGGCACUUACGCCUGCUGGACGAGUGCGGCUCGCCAUAUGCUCUGGCGCUGGUAGCUCACGCGCUCACACAUGCUAAAGCGCCCAGCUCCGAGCAUGCCUUCAGGCUGCUCAAGCGGAGGCAGAGAUAUGAAGGUGGCCUCAGCUACUGGGGCCAGGAACCAGUUCCCCAGCCCCCGUACAAGAUGGAGAACCAGAAGCCGUUCCUCCUGCCGCGGCUGCCGUACAAGUACGACUCGAACAACAUCGCGGCCACUGCGUACGCGCUGCUCGCCUGCAUGGACCAUCAGGAUAACAACGAGCCUAUCGUCAUGUGGCUCAACUCGCAACGCCUGCAGGAUGGUGGAUGGGCUUCUACGCAGGACACAUACAUAGCCCUCCGCGCACUCAUCGAGUACACGAACCGCAAGCGUCUGCGCGACGUGUCGUCGCUGUCGGUGGCGGUGGACGCGGUGGCGCUGGCGGGCGACACGCGGACGCUGCACGUGCGGAACGACAACCUCGCCGUCAUGCAGUUUGUGGACAUCCCGUCAGCGUGGGGCACGGUGAAGGUGACGGCCCGCGGCGCCGGCUACGCCAUCCUGCAGCUGUCGGUGCAGUACAACGUGGACACGCCGCGCUUCCAGACGCCGCCGCCCGCGCGCUGCUUCUCGCUGCUCGCCUCGCACCACUACUACGGCAGGAACCAGUCGCACAUACACGUGCAGGCCUGUGCCAGCUGGACAAUGCUGGAAGAGUCCCCUCGCUCGGGCAUGGCGGUGCUGGAGGUGGGAGUGCCGACGGGCUACAUGCUGCAGCAGCAGCGGCUGGACGCGUACGUGCUGUCGCGGCGCGUGCCCACGCUGCAGCGAGCCAAGUACACGCCCACCAAAGUGCUCUUCUACUUCGACUAUUUAUCUGAAGAGCAGACCUGCGUGAACUUCACGAUCGAGCGCUGGUUCCCCGUCGCUAACAUGUCCAGAUAUCUACCGAUGCGCGUUUACGAUUACUAUGCACCCGAACGUUUCAACGAAAGUAUAUUCGACGCACUCCCAACUUACCUCCUCAACAUUUGUGAAGUAUGUGGUUCUUCACAAUGUCCGUACUGCGCGAUAUACAACAACGCCUUACGUACCGCCCUCGCCACUCCACUGCUACUUGUGGCAGUCAUUGUGACACUCACGCGGUACUUACGACCCUACCAUGACUUGUACGGAAUCUCAUAAGAACGUAUGUAAGAAAAUGUGAAAAAUAUAUACCAAAAGUUUGUGACUUAUUUACAGAAUGACUUGUAAAAAAUAUUUCAGUGUUUAUACUGCAGGUUUUUUUUAAGAAUAACAUUUCUCAACAGUGUAUGAGUCAAUCUGUAAAUAAGCCAUUUUAUGAUUGCAACUAGCUAUCUAUAGUUAUGUAGAUAGUAUGUAUAAUUGAUUCUCAUGGACAGCUAAAAACUGAUAUUUCUUUUUUAUAAUAUUUUUUUAUAUUUAAAUGUAUUUAUUGAUAAAAUGGUUAUGUAAUAAUGACCAAUGUCAUUCGUCCCAGUAUUCAUUGGCUAUAGUUGAUUUAAUCAAAACAAUGAUUUUCUAUAUAUACAGAAUUUAUGUUUAUUUUAUAUACUAUAUUUGGUGAGGUCUUUAAAGUAAUGAAAUACUUUAUCAACCCAGUCGUGAUUGAAUAAAAAUAUGAUAGAUCUUUUAUAGGCCGAUUUUUUCAAACAUCAACUAACUUCCAUCUAAGGAAUAACUAUGGCGAUUUUACAUAUUUUCUUUACAAUCUAUCAGCUAUGAAAACGUCAAACAUAUUCUUCAGGUAAAAAUUAUCUGGGGAAAGAAAAGUCGGCCUUUAAUAUUUUGUACAGCUGUAAGCUUUUGUUUAAAUAUCUAUGAUUCACUCAGUAUCGUAGUGUAUUGCAGCUAACUAUGAAUCUUACUAACCACCGUUUAGCAAUUAGUGACUGUAGUCAAAUGAAGACCGAACUAACAUUUACAAAGACAUCUAAACUAACAUGCUUGAACUCUAAGAACUGCCUCAUAGUUAAUUAAGGAAAACCUGCUGAAUCUUUACAUUUUAUACAAGGAAAAACAAAUAAUUACUCUAUUUCCUUUGCAGCUAUUGAUAUAUGUAUUUGUAAGAUUCGUUACCAAUAGGCCCAAUUCUCAUUCCUUAGGUAAAUCACUGAGUUUGUCAUUCGCCUCAAUUAUUGAUGAAAUUGACAGAUAAAUUACAAAGAAACUUAAGUUAGCCUUCAAUGCGAAGAGUAUAUAACUGUUUGCCAAACAGUAGAAAUAACAAUUUGAACCAAUUGACACAGAUGCCUCAGUUUGAUAAUUUUCGAUCUCCUCCAAUAUAUUUUUGCCUGACCUGCUGAUUAUAAACUUUGGUUUCCCGCCCAUUCCGUGACGUAUCUUUUAGGGGACCCCUCAACCACGAUUCCUUUUUCCAUUCCAAUAUUUAGUGUUAGUUAGAUGUGUUCAUCUUGUAGUUUAAGAUUUAAUCUAGGCGUCAAUUGCGUUGUUGCCUUAGAGAAUAAUUAUAAUUCUUUAACUACGUCGGUAAGUUAUCACAACAUGUAGCAACGCAAUUCACGUCUAGAUUCGACAAAUCCACUUUUUUUACUGUACACAUAAAACAUUUUUAUUGUAUGAUUUAGCUAAAUCAUGUUGUUUAUAUUUUCGCCCAAGAACAAUCCAUUUAUGUAGCGUUAAUUAACUCAUAGUAAGAGUUAAUGGUGACAUAAUGAAAUCUCAAUGUUGCUUGCAGUCCCGGGUGCUGACAGCAUUUUUAUUCUACUUUUAUUAUUAUUUCUAUUCUAUUAUUUUACCUGAUUUUAGUUUUAUAUCUUGUACAAACUAACCCAUAAUCUAUAGAUCGAAUAUACCUUACAUAUCGAUAUCUACAAAUAAUUUGGAUCAAUUGGAAAGAGAGAAAAUUUUGUGAUCAAUAAAUAGCAUAAAAUGCGUCCUUGCCUUGAUUCGAAUAUUUUUAUAUGAAGGCAACAUGCAAAAAUUGUAUGUAAAUAUUGUAGUUUAAGUCUUUAUAGUAUUUCAAAAUAAUUAUUUUAUAGUGUGCAGUAGGUAAUGUAAUGCCAUCUGAUAUUAAUGAAAUCUCAAGUGUUGAAAAGGUGGUAUGUAUAUUUAUAACUACUGUACAUUAUUUACAAUGAAUUGAUCAAGCAAUAAAAUAUCAAAAAUGUCAAUCGUAAUGCCUUAUUGAUAAGGACAAUAUAAUUAAAAUUUAUUUGAAAUAGUAAUUGUAAUGGAAAAUAUACUUUGAUUUGUAAUUAUAUGGAUUAAUUAAUGAUUAGAAUAAGUUUUGUAUAAUUGUGGUAGCUGAGAGUACCUAUUUAGUUCUAUGUAUUACAGUGCCACAUUCAUCACAUAUAUUCAAUAAAUUAGAUAUUUGACAUUGUGUACAAAAAUGUCCCGUCCAAAAUUAUAACAGAGGAAAAAAUAUAAUAUAUUAAAGAAUUAAUAUUGUGAAUCUCAUGUCUGGAUGUCAAUGUGAGCAUGUUACUUAAGUAGUUUCCGUCCAAAUUACCAAUGACUGAUUUUAUACUUUAUGUAUUUGUGUGUAAUAUCUUCCUAAGUUGUUACAAAGCUUCUCUGUAGUGUAGGAGAGUGGUUUAUUGUCAUAGAUUUAUUUCCAAAUAAAAUCUAAUAAAAAUGU